AGCUGCGAUGGUCUGUUGAGAAACGGAAACCAAAAGGGAUCUCUUCACAUUUCAAACGUGAAAAACCCUGUCUUCCUUUCUCUUGGGGGAUGCGAUUGUCUCUGGUGCCUCUAGACUGACAGCGUGCUCGUGCUCUUCAAAGGAUUUAAAUCACGUUUGUGACAUUUUGUGGGUUCGGAUCUCAGCAUGCUGGUGAGCUCGGCGGUUUACGCCGUGAAGAAACGGAAGAAGCCGCUUCAAAAAGCACCCAAACUGCCACCUCCUGAAGGUGCCCAAUCAAACCCGUCCAAACGGCAUCGUGACCGACUGAACAAUGAACUGGACAAGCUGACCAGUCUGCUGCCUUUCACCGAAGAUGUUUGUGCUCGUCUGGAUAAGUUGUCCGUGCUUCGACUCGCCGUGGGUUACCUGAAGGUUAAGAGCUUCUUUAACGCCACACCCAAGAAUGGACAAAAUGGGUGCAGCAAGCCAAGUCCCAUGUUGUGGGGAGAUGUCCAUAAUGCCUUCCUGUCCUCCACUGGGACCUCCCAGGUGUCCUCCAUCGAUGGAGUCAGCUUCUCCGAGGGAGACCUGCUCCUCCAGGCAUUGAAUGGCUUCGUGUUAGUGGUGACCACCGAAGGUUAUGUCUUCUAUGCAUCACCCAGUAUACAGGACUUCCUGGGCUUCCAGCAGUCAGAUGUCAUACAUCAGAGUGUGUUUGAGUUGAUCCACACCGACGAUCGAGCUCUUUUCAGACGCCAACUUCACUUCGCUUUUGAUCCGCAUUCCAGCCAGCAGGACCGCAUUGCAGUGGGCAGCAACGAGCAGAACAGCAGUGAAGUCAGCACCAACAUACAAGACUACAACCCACAAGUCAUCCCUCCAGAAAAGUCAUCCUUCCUGGAGAGAAAUUUCUGCUGCCGGUUCCGAUGCUUGCUUGACAACUCAUCUGGCUUUGUGGCGCUGAACUUCUGUGGACGCCUGAAAUUUCUCCACGGUCAGAACCGGGUGUCGGAGCUUCAGGAGCAGGUUCUCCCACAGCUGGCUCUGUUUGCUAUUGCCAUGCCCGUGCAGCCGCCAUCCAUAUUGGAGAUCCGUACCAAGACGCUAAUGUUCCAGAGCAAGCACAAGCUGGACUUCACUCCGAUUGGCAUUGACACCAGGGGAAAGGUGGUUCUGGGUUACAGCGAAGCCGAACUCUGCAUGAAGCGUUCAGGUUACAGCUUCAUCCAUGCUGCCGACAUGAUGUACUGUGCAGACAACCACGUCAGGAUGAUAAAAACAGGAGAAAGUGGUUUUACCGUCUUCAGACUGCUGACUAAAAAGGGGAUGUGGCUCUGGGUCCAGGCCAACGCCAGGCUGGUCUUCAAGGAAGGGAAACCAGAUUUUGUUGUGGCCCGGCAGAGAGCUUUGACAAAUGAAGAAGGAGAGGAACACUUCCGUCAUCAUCGGCUGCAGCAGUCGUUCGGCUUCACCACUGGCGAGUCGCUUUUGUAUGAUCUGGCGCCAACCGUCGACAUGCCUGACACUUGCUCCCCCGCAAAGCAGCGGAAGCUCGAUAACUACUCAGUCAGACCAAACUCGCUCCUGGGCUGCAUACUGAACCAGGACCAGUCAGUCUACUGCCAGCACAAUAGUGCCAACACGCUAAACACCCUUAAUGACACUGCCUUUAAGGACACCCACGCCACAGUCAGUGUUCCCGGAGAUACCUGGCAGCACCUUUCACCCAAAGCGGCUGUUGACAGCAUGAUCAGGUCCGAGGACACAAUCAAGGAUGUGAUGGAGACUCUGCAGCAGAUCCUGGGGGAGGGUGAGCUGGCAGAUGUGGUGGAUGCGACACCCGACGAGCUUAAGAGCUGGGAAAGCACUCUUCUGAAGGUGAGAACCAACAGCUGCGACCUGGGCGACGACCUGAACGACUUGAUCAUUGAGGACAUCCUGUUAUAUGUGGAGGAGCAGCUCCAAAACGAGGCUGCGCUGAAGGUGCCCGAACAGCUGGAAACCUGCGUCCAAACUUUGAACGUCCAGAACCGGGGCCCUGUUCACCACGGCAUGGUGCAGAGCUUCAGCUGGCCUCAAAAACCUGAGAGCCAUUUGUUACCCAGUCGAGGGCAGAUGUCUGAACAACCCUCCGCGGUUGUGCGGACGAUGGAACUGACCCACAUUGGUCUUCCUCAGCUGAGUUCUUCCGGUUUAAACGUUCCGGUGGCAGAGCCCAUUUCCUCUGAGCAAGCACUUUUCCUUCCUGCGCGCCUUCAUGGUGACCAGAACCACACUGGUAGACCUCCAAAGAUCUUGGACGCCCAUUUAGCGGACUCAUGUCGCGAGACAGAAAAACUGAGGAGCAUACAGAUGAAAUUCAUGGACAAUAACCAAGAAAUUGUGUUGUGCAGGCAACCUAGUCAUAUUCAUCCCAACCAAAUGGUUCAUCCAAACCGGAACUGCCAUGAGCGGAGGGCACCAAACCUGGCUGUGGCCCACCAUGCACAAACACAGCCAGAGUUUAGUUUACAGAGUGGCCAAAAGAACUCAAACCAUAGAGACACUCAAAAUAAUGUUUCCAGGGGCCCAGUGAUCACAGCAGAGGCAAGCUGCAUGCACAGCCACUUUGUGCCUCCGACUCAAGACGGAGAGAAUCAGAGACAGUCUUGGCAGCUAGAGCCGCCACCGCAAACGCAGCUAAUUUCAAGCGGACCAAUGAGCGUGAACUGCUGGUCAGAAUUUCAGCCAAAUCCAGGACUUGCAGUGAACCAUGACCCUGCACCGUACAGUCCGGUGUUCAGGACUUCUUUUCCUGCUGAGCACGGCAUUGGAGGGGCGCCUGUCAUGGCUUCAAGCAGCUGUAUGUUCAAAACCACACCCCGCUCUGUGCCUGCGAACGUUGGGCACGUCAGUCAGACUGCGCCCUGUCAAAGAUUGAAAGACAGCAUCAGUCACAUUUCCAGUCCCUCCAGCUUUUAUCAGGCUGCGUCCAAGUCCAUGUUCAAUUCGGAUACGGCGCCGCUUUCCUGCCAAAUCACCCCAGAUAGUCGGAACCUGCCGAUGCAACAACAGCCAUACCUGAACCUCAGUGACCAGCUCAUCAGCCACUCAGUUGUCGGAAAUGGUGUCCUGGCCUUGCCUCAUUGCGCAACGGGAAUUCCCAUUCCUAAGAGAACAAACGGGAACAUGAACUGAAAAGGCAACUGUCUGCGAAACCAGGAAAACCACAAACGUGCUUUCAAGGACAAAAAGCUCAGGGUAAUCAAGCAAGAGAAGAAAGAUCACCUGGAGUUUGAUUUGCGUUUUGAAAAAUACAAUCACCACGGGAUCAUGAAAUCUGAGCAUUGAGCUACUACCAAAAAAAUGAAAAUUUGAGGGAUUAUGAUUUAGUCCAAUACAGAUUACCAAUUGUCACAACCUUUUUAUGACAUUCCAUGACGGGCAAUCUAAAAGAUGAUUUAAAAAAUAUAUAUAUUAUAAUUUCAAUGUUAGAAAUCUACUGUUGGUUAGAAAAUGCUUUGAACCAUAAAUAUACUCCAAACCAAUUGACCAAACCUGAGCUUCUGUUUUUUGCUGUUCAUUUUUGAUGGCAGCGUCUGACUUGGCGUGUUUUGUUGAUGCUUCAUGGAAGCAUUCCAACUGUUCAAUAGUUGAGGUCUGAUGGAUGAACUUGAUGUCAGUCCACUGCCAACUCGCCCAGACAAACACGCACAACUGACUCCCCUUGAGAUCUCCAAAGGAUAAAAUGAUUUUAUGUGCUCUUUUGUUUCAUUGAAACAUACCAUGACUUCAUUCAUUUCAAGCCCUCAAAAGGGUCAUGCGCACAAGCUUCAUCCAGCCAACAUGAGAUCAACUUUAAGCAGUAAAAUGAACCUUUGGAAGCAACCUGUCAUUCUUCAGUUAUUUGUAUUCGUGUCAUCUGUUUUUUUCUAUUUUGGUGGGGAGCAGCAAAGACAACGCCUUAAAAUAACAAAGCUGAUUAGGAUUUGACUGGAGUGAAACCCAAGUAUAUCUUGCCUUUACUUUGCCCUCUUUACUUCCUGGAUAUUUUAUUCACUGUAAUCAUGGAGUUCAACAGAAAAUAACAAGUGUCAGGAGCUGUUUGUCAGCCUUUGGAAUAAUUACAAAAAAGUGAAGCUGCCACCCAUAAUUUUCCAGCAAAAAUCCAUCCUCUUCAUCUUUCCUGUCUGUUUUGUGGUUAAUUCAUGUCUCCCCACAGAAGUAAAAGACAAUGGCAGCUAUUUUCUACUUUAAAUUAGGUGGAAAUGGUCACAAUUAUUGUCUGUGAGUGGCAAAGACAUUUUAAACCGUGAUGAAAAACAGAGCUUGGAGUUUUGACUCGUUUAAAAAAGUAGCUGACUACUUUCUGAAAAA